CUUCAGACACAUGCUACGACCGCGAUAAUAUCAUCCUGAUUGCCAGAUUCCUUCAUGAAGUUCAAUCUUCAUCCCAUAAUCCUGUUGCAGUUUUAUGAAGAUGAACGUGUAAUCUACGUCGGUCGUGCAUAAUGAUAGUAGACGUGGUUCGACUCUCUGACAGAUGCAAGGUCAUACUGGAAGUCGUCUCACUACUAUCGAAACGUGUUCAAGCUGCGAAUCGCACAUUUUCUAUCUCGGCCAGGACUCAGGCGACUUCCCCGUAAUCGUGUUAUUGUCAUUCGUGAUGUGGUCUAUCUGUGAAGAACCUUGCUUUGAUUUUUCCAUUCUUUGUCAGCUCCUCCGUUUCACUGUCGACUGGAAUUUAUCGAACGAGCUGAGUUGUCUCGCGGGACCAGGUGACUGCUACUAUAUCGAUUUUAUUCUGAAUGCUUUCCCCUCGGAAGGAGGAGUCAAACUUAAAGCCGUCGUUUCGGGAACGGUGGGCCAGCGAGUUACAGAGAUGAAUAACUCAAACGACAUCUACAUCAGCCCGUGCAAGGAAGUGACCUCGCAUGAGUUCCUUGUGCACCUGGAAGAGUACUUCCUUUAGACUCUUGGGGAGACCAAGUUUGAGUGUCACGAUUCUUUAUUUUGAACUCUAUGUCAACAUGAUUCAUAGCAUUCGCGUGCAGGCGGGUCUGGGUAUCCGGGUCUUUUCCUCUCAAGCCUCAGCCCUUGAUUUGAUGGUGCAUGAUACGUAAACCGUGAGUGAUCGCUGACUCGAAGUGAGUCUCGUUGUAAUGAC